AUGAUGUUAAGCAAGACCACGGUAUCUCCGAAACUGCUUCGUGCUAUCGUCGUGGUUGUGGCUACUUGUUUGGGAGCUAUGACUUUGCUAGAACUUCGAGCCACGAGCCGUUUGGGCAAUCCUAAUAAUGACUUUGCUGUCGAAGCCGGGAAACCUGUCGACUGGUCGCGAUUUGCGUACACUCAAUAUGCCACCGACCGAUUUUAUUUGUGCAAUUCGGUCAUGCUAUUCGAGAGCCUCCACCGGCUUGGAAGCAAAGCCGAUCGCGUGUUGAUGUACCCAUCAGAUUGGUCCGUAUCCAAAACAGCCGAUUCAAGGGAAAGCAAUAUGCUUCGCUAUGCACAGGAUCAUUAUGGAGUCAGGCUCAAGCCAGUUGAGAUACAGAUGAAGUCGGGGAGUGAUGUGACGUGGUCAAAGAGCUACACAAAAUUGCUCGCGUUCAACCAAACGGAGUAUGACCGGGUUCUGAACUUGGAUUCAGAUGCAACUAUCUUACAGACCAUGGACGAGUUAUUUUUGGCCCCGUCUAGUCCCGUCGCUAUGCCCUUGGCAUACUGGAUGUAUCCGAACAAGAGGACUUUUACAACCGCCCUUAUCCUCAUUCAACCGUCAGCAGCUGCCUUCGAUCGCACGAUGGAUGCAAUGUCCAGCGCCAACUCUAGCACCUUUGACAUGGAGAUCAUGAACAACAUGUACAAAGAUACUACGCUUACUAUACCGCAUCGGCCGUAUAUUCUUCUAACUGGGGAGUUCCGCUCCAAAAAGCACGAGGCAUAUCUAGGUAAUCCAGGCAAACCGUGGGAUGCUGAACAGGUUUUUAAAGAAGCCAAAUACUUGCAUUUUUCUGAUUGGCCUGUUCCCAAGCCAUGGAUCAAAGCUCUCCCUGGUGUGGUCGAAGAAUCGCAGCCUCAAUGCGAGUUGAACCCAGCCUCUGGCCAUAGAGAUGACUGCCGGGUCAAAAACCUUUGGUUGGGACUUUACGAGGACUUUAGGAUCAGACGAGAGCAUAUAUGUGACACUGCGGUACGGGAAGGUGGAUACCCCGAGGCAGUCUCAUAG